AUGCGCUUCUUCGCUCUCUCCGCUGCCAUCAUCGCCAUUGUCGCCCCCGUCCUCGCGGCUCCCACUCCCUUUGCUCCCCAGGGUGCUCACGUCGCUCGUGAUGACAUCAAGUCUGAGAUUUCGACGCUCAUCAACGAUGCCCAGUCCUCCGGUCUCAUCAACUCGACCGAGGCUGGUCAGCUUGAGCAGAUCGUGAACUUGGUUAACCCUCAGGACAUGCAAAUGCUCCUUGGCGCGAUCCAAACUGAUCUCCAGGGCUUCCUCAGCAUGCUGUCCAGCUCUACCCAGGCUAGCAAGCGCGACGCCGCUAGCGACCUCGACAGCUUGAUUCAGCAGGCUCAGUCUGCUGGCAUCCUCUCCCAGCAGGCGGCCAGCGUCCUCGAGGGCAUUGUGGCCGCCGGCGAGGCGGCUGCCCCCGAGAUCGAGGCUAUCAUCAACCAGCUCAAGGGCCAGCUCCAGGCCGCGGGCGUCAGCAAGCGCGACAACUGGGUAACCAAGAUCGAGACCGAUGCUGCUCAAGCCGUCUCUCUUGGCAUCAUCUCCCAAACAACCGCCGAUGGUAUCGAUGCCGCUGCCCUCAUGGCUGAGAACGAUACCGCCAAACUCGAGCAGAUCUACAAUGAGGUCGUCGGGUACCUCCAGGCUGCUGGUAUCACCCCCAGCGCCAAGAGGACUGACUGGGUCUCGAUGGUCGAGGACGUGACCGCCCAGGCCCUCGCUGCUGGUCUCAUCAACCAGGCUGAGUCCGACUUCAUCGACGGUGUCGCUACUUCGGCCUCCACCGACGCUACCAAGCUCCAGGGCCUCUACAACCAGGUUGUCAGCUACCUCAAGGCUGCUGGCAUCGUCCCGAGCGCGCGUGACUCCAACCCGGCUCAGGAUCUCGAGACCCUCAUCAACGACGCUGUGAACGCUGGUGUCCUUACCCAGCAGGACGCUCAGGUUUUCGACAGCCUGAUCAACUCGUUCAGCUCUAGCCAGAUCGAGAACCUCAUCAACCAGCUCAAGAGCCAGCUCGGCCUGCAGAGGCGCCACAUCCCCUUCCCGACUCUCGGCCCCCACCCUCCCUUCCCCUCGAACCUGCCUCCGUUCCCCACGCUUGGCCCGGUCCCCCAGGUGCCCAAGAACAAGCGCGUCAUGCCCCUCGAGCCCCUCCCGCCUUCCUCGGGUGAGCCCAAGUGGGCCCCUGGUCCCGUAGUCGUUGCUGACGUCGAGGCGCGCCACAUCCCCUUCCCGACGUUGGGCCCCAUCCCUACGCUGCCCUCCGACCUGCCGCCCCACCCCACUCUCCCUCCCACCCCGACGCUGGGCCCGCACCCCUCGGGCAGCAUCACGCUCCCGCCGGUUCCCACCCUCGGGCCCACGCCUACUCUCCCGGGCCGUGCCGUUGACCUCGACUAA